AUGAGUGAGGUGUUCUACCAGAUCGGUGUCUUCAUGUCUCGUUCAUCUAUUAAUCUCGUUCAGCUCAAUUUCAUGUGUAUCUCGCUUACAGCUGUCAUUCAGACAACACUUGCCGCUGUGAUUUUCCUUACGGCUAUCUACUCCUUCAUUCCUCAUUUUGCAAUCGUGGCUGGAAUGAUCUUCGUCGUAGGAAUAGUGGAUCCAGCAACUCGUGAAUUUGCUCUGUCCAUGGUCACAUUCGCCGACACAGUCGGAAUUCUUGGGGCCGCGAUGGCGGCGAUCCCGGUCCACAACUGGAUAUGUGCAAUGCAGUGA